AUGCAGCCAGAGCUAAUCCAGGUAAACUGGAGUAGCGAUGAAGAACUGGUACAAGUAAGGUGGUCAGACUCCGAUUCUGGGGACCCAGUGAAUUGUUCUAUGACCACAUUACAAGACAUUACAGGAUCUGCUGACUGUGCUGUGACAGAUAGCGAACAAGUACAGCGCGAUGAGGAAUAUUUAGACAUUUGGGAUAGUGAUGAAAGCUUAAUGUUUUUGUCUUCUACAGAUUCUGAACAUGACAUCGAACAGGUUUUAGCUAAGCCGAAAAAGAAAACAGAAAACAAGUACAUUCAAAGUGAGAUUCAUGGCGAAAGAAUGCCUCACCGAAACGAGAUUGUGAUGCCAUAUGGAACAGUGAAAAGUCAUAUUUAUGAACAAUACAAAAUGGAUGUGGAAAAUCCAGUGAGCAAAAGCCAGUUCUACAAGAAAUGGAUUGACAGCUUCCAGUUUGUUAAAACGAAAAAGACCAACAGCUUCAGCAAAUGUACAACUUGUGUGACAUUAGAAAGGCUAAUGAGCAAAACCACCUCUUUCGAGAUGCGUGCUUUCUACAAGAAAAAGAAAGAAGAGCAUAAUAUUCGUCAAAUGUUAGAAAGGAAGUACUAUUACAACAAAAAAGACCAGGCACAACGCAAUCCAAGCCAGCACAUGUCCAUAAUUAUCGAUGGUAUGGAUCAAGCAAAGACCAAUUUGCCACAUUUUGCUGGGAGGAACCCAAAGAAUCUGCAUGCAGUGGAUCUUCUGCAUACUCAUGUCACUGGAGUGCUAAGUCACGGGCAUGGAGGGUUUCAUGCCUAUGUGGACAUUAAUGAAUAUCCUCAUGAUCCCAACUUGACAAUCAACAUCAUACUUAAAGAGCUACUACGUCAAGCCAAGGCAAAUAACAACUUCCUGCCUCCAAAUUUGUUUAUCCAAGCAGACAACUGUUGGAGGGAAAAUAAGAACCGUUAUGUAUUUGCAUUUCUGGAAUUGUUAGUGGCAGAACAGGUUUUCCAUGAGGUUCAUAUGUCCUUCCUUAUUGUUGGCCACCACGCAUGA